CACCGCGGCGUAAAUAGCAAAGCAGCAUCUCCGAGCGAGCGUCAGUUGUGAUUGAAACAGCGAAAGGAUACUCUGUGACAGGACGACAACAUGUGAAUAGUAAUAGUAAGAACAAUAAUAACCAGAAUUAACCUGCCGAGAGAAGCACGUGACGAGGAAUAACGUUUAAAUGGCGGAAAAAAGACCCACGACACAGACGAGACAGUAAAUAAUUUGCAGACCAUGAACUAUGUGGGUCAGUUGGCGGGACAGGUGUUUGUGCAAGUCAAGGAGCUGUACAGAGGACUCAACCCUGCGACGCUGUCUGGAUGUAUAGAUGUCAUAGUGGUGCGGCAGCCUGAUGGCUCCCUGCAUUGCUCGCCCUUUCACGUCCGCUUCGGCAAGAUGGGUGUUCUGCGGUCUCGUGAGAAAGUGGUGGACAUAGAGAUCAACGGCGAGCCAGUGAGUUUGCACAUGAAACUGGGAGAAAAUGGAGAGGCCUUCUUUGUCAAGGAGACAGAGAACAUGCUGGAAGUGGUUCCAGCCUACCUGGCAACAUCACCCAUCAUGUCCACAGGGGAGGAGUUAAUGGAGUCCCAGCUGGGCAGACGCAGUUCCCGUCUCCAUGACACCAUACCCUGCACCUCACUUCCUGUCCAGAACCUGGGGCCACAGCAAAGUGACGGAGGGGCGACCAAGAAGAGGAGGAAGAGGAGGAGGAAAGCACGGCCAGAGGGAGGCGGCGGGGGAGGGAGGAGAGAGGAGAGUGGGGAAGAGUUCUCGGAGGACGAGGACAUGUUUACAAUUGACUUGAGCUCGGAUGAUGAGAAAGAGGCUGACGACAGCAGGUCUAUGUACGGUGACCAGGGGACAAAAGCCAUGACACACGCUCACCCCGGCACAGAUUGGUCACACUCACAGAGUAGAUUGACAAAGGACACUCUCUCCAUCCCUUCACCCUGUGGUCUGUCCAUUUCUUGUCCUCAGCAGACUUCUCACCUCUCCUCUCUUGUUAGCAGUCCUGAUGAUUCACAGUCAUCGACACCAAAGAGCGACUCAGAGCUGCAUAAUCAGAAUAAAGAAAACCCUGAAAUGCUGUGGACGUGGGGAGAGCUGCCGCAAGCUGCCCAGCCAGACUUCCUGACUUAUCACCAGAGGCAGGAUCCUGCCAACACAGUCUCCAUUCCAGUGUCAACCAGCACUCACUUCAGAGCAAUCAGUGACAGUGGAUCACCCUCUGUUACCAUUUAUUCCUCCCUGCCAGGGGAGAGCACUGCUCAUGGUGGACGCAAGAAUGAAGAGGAAUGCAAAAAUGGAGGCAGAGACGGAUUUAGUGCUAAGACUGGAGGGGAGCAAGUGACAUUGACUGAAAACACGGGGCCAUCAUGUGCAGAUAUGGAGGGCCUAAGUGCUUGUUCAGUGUCUCCCAGGAUGCUAACCGAUCAUGUGGAGGAAGAUGGAAAUACAAAAAUUACUGAUUCACCAUCCAAAAAGAAAGAAAAGAGAAGCCAACACCUGGGUGCUGAUGGCAUAUACCUGGAUGAUAUAACAGAGCUACAGCCUGAAGUGGCUGCUCUCUACUUCCCCAAAAGUGAUGGAGGCAGCAGCUCAGUGAGAGGAGACUCAGACAUGAUGAUGGUGGGAGUGCGGAGUGCUAAUCAGUCCCCACAGUCAGUGGGCAGCAGUGGGAUGGACAGUGGCGUGGACAGUUUUUCCGACCAGUCAGGGGACCUUGCGCAUGUUGCAAUCUCUCUGUGUGGAGGACUCACUGACAACAGGGAGAUCACGAGAGAGCAGUUCCAGGAAAGGGCAGUUUCCUACCAGCAGUUCUCUGAAAACCCUUCUAUAAUUGAUGACCCAAACUUGGUGGUGAAGAUAGGAAACAAAUACUACAACUGGAACACGGCGGCUCCUGUCAUGUUGGCCAUGCAGGUCUACCAGAAGCCCCUGCCGCAGUGCUGGUGUUUGAGUUACGCGUUUUCUGUUUUCGGCCUCUUCUCAUACUGCCUCCCUGGUCUGUUUGGCUCCAGCCCUCCGCAGCCUGCCUCAGUGGAGAACAUCAUGAAGGACAAGAUGCCAAAGAAAGGAGGACGCUGGUGGUUCUCAUGGAGGAGCAGAAACAGUGACUCCAAAUCAGAAUCAGUGUCAGAGCCUGGAGACGACAAAGGAGGGAACUCACUCGCUGUGGCCUCAGUGAACAGAAUGAAAGAUGAGUCGUCCUCAAGUGACGAGGACCAAAGGUCCUCCAAUCAGAUGUCAGGAUCCUGUCAGUCAGAGCUCCUCAUGAGUUCUGGGAGCAUCUGUUAUAAGAAGACUCUACGGCUCACAUCAGAGCAGCUGGCAAGCCUGCAGCUGAAGGAAGGUCCUAAUGAGGUGGUGUUCAGUGUGACCACACAGUACCAGGGCACCUGCCGCUGCCAUGGCACCAUCUAUCUUUGGAACUGGGAUGACAAGAUCAUCAUCUCCGAUAUAGACGGAACCAUCACCAGAUCUGACACUCUGGGUCACAUCCUCCCCACGUUGGGUAAAGACUGGACACAUCAGGGUAUCGCACGGCUCUACCACAAAGUCAGCCAGAAUGGAUAUAAAUUCAUGUACUGCUCGGCGAGGGCCAUUGGCAUGGCAGACAUGACGCGAGGUUACCUUCACUGGGUCAAUGAGAGGGGAACGAUGCUACCGAUGGGUCCAGUGCUGCUCAGCCCCAGCAGUCUGUUUUCUGCUUUCCACAGGGAGGUGAUUGAGAAGAAACCAGAGAAGUUUAAGAUCGAGUGUCUGACAGACAUCAAGAACCUUUUCUUACCCAACACUGAACCGUUCUACGCUGCCUUUGGCAACAGAGCAACAGAUGUGUUUUCCUAUAAGGAGGUUGGUGUUCCGCUGAACAGAAUCUUCACCGUCAAUCCUAAAGGGGAGCUGAUACAGGAGCAGGCAAAAACCAAUAUCUCGUCCUUUGGGCGUCUCUGUGAUAUGGUUGACCACGUCUUCCCAGUCCUGGGUCGAGGCGAGAGCUCAGGCGCCCGCCGCACUGACACUCUUGGUGAGUGCGACUACUGGAGUGAACAAAUCCCUGACGGCACCAACAAGGAAGAAAAAGACCCACAGCCCCUUGAGACGAGCUGAGGAAACCCUGUGUCUCCUCAGCAUCAAGGUCCAGUUUCUUUACACAUGACAUGGCACAGAUCACAGAUGUGCAGAUGAAGAAUGAAGAUGCUGAUUUUUAUAGAAUAAGACUGAAAGACUGAAACAAACAAAACUGAGGGGAACACAGAUCUGGGAUCAGUUGUUACUUACUGUAACAACUAAACGGUGUAGCUACUGAUUCAAAGUAGAUGAAAGCGAUGUCAACAUCCUAGUAUGGAGACCCCAAUGUUUCUAAUGAUACUUCCUAACUUUUGCAAACAAAUAAGUUCAGUUCUUGAAUGAUAAGUAUCUCGUGUGCACAAGAUAUUUAUUUAACAUGUGGGCACAAAUUCAUUUCGUAUGCAUACAAGAUGUAAAAAAGAAAAACAUCCACUAGAAAUGUAGAACCCCAAGAGAGGAAGCACAUUAAAGCAGUUUUAUUCAGAGUGCACUUUUAAAUACACAGUGGCAGAGUCAAGGUGCUGUACACAGAAAUCCAUAGAGAAAUAAGGAUUAUAAUCAUUAGAGAUGUAUUAUUAAGAAACAAAAUUAGUAAAAAAAAUAAGGAUAGAAUUAAACGAUAUGGAUUUUUACUCAGUACUCUGUAUUUCAUAUAACUGUAUUUAUCGAGGCUCACAUAUUGUAUAGUUUGCAAAUGAACCGACUCACAACAUAAGCAUCAGUAGAACAUGUGAACAUCACUGUAUUUAAAAGCUCCUUAUAUUCAGUGGUGGAUAUGAAUGUAUGUCAGGAAUGCACUCACAAAAUCUACAUUUGAAUAAUCAGCUGUUAGUAUACACCCACGCUCAUUCACUAAAUUAAAGCUGCUGUAAGCGUUCUUGGCCGUCGGACAACUUCUUGUCCACUGGUGCAAAUAUCAUUCCGAUCCGUCCUCCUUCAGUCAUGUCACAAACGUGUUUGAUGAAGCUGUUUUGUAGUGUUCUGGCUCCUGAUUGGGUAAAGUGUUGUGAUUUACAGUAAAAUAUUCUGCUACAUUUACUGACAAACCAAGUAUUUCACUAUCAGCAGCUUUAGGUAAAGAAAUCCUACUGUAAACUCUAUCCCUCUACUCACCUAUCCCAGAUUGCUUUAACUGAAAAUAAGAAGAUAUGAAUGAAUAUGAACACUUCAGAUCUCAAAUCCUCCUCUUGAUGCAUCACUGCUACAUGUGUAUUUAUAUCAUUUUAUUUUUUUCAUUUGCAUGCACCUACACGCACAACUUUUUAUUAUUUUAUCUGAUCCAGAUAAAAUGAUUUUCCCUCAACUCACUUUGCACCAGAAACAUUGUGUGAUAUAAUAUUACAAUGCAACCAUACACAGUUAGUGUGUCCACUCUAUGACAGUGUUUCUGUGCCAAACUUCUUAGCGAGUGAAGCUAAAGGUGUUUGGUCUUUUUGACCGUGCUACUGUGAGCAACUCCUGCCCGUUUUCUAACAAGUGUUCAGUGACUAAACUCAAGGGAAAUGCAGAACAAUGCAACUUUAACCUCAGUGUCUGUUUUUAUAUUUGUGAACACGUAUUUAAACACAAUGUAGAACAUAAAUUGGUCACAGUUUUUGUUAUGUGUUCUAAAGAUUAAUGCUCAUCAAUGCAAUCGUUUGUCCAGGUUCACAGGAUAUUGUUGCUGUAUUUUAUUUCAGUUUGGGAAAAUCACUACCCAGAUCUGUAGGUUUUACGGCACUAAUGUAACCAUUUAUGUGGUUGUUGUUCAUAUACAGUACAUAUACAUAUAUAUAUGUAUAUACAGUAUACAUAUACA